GCUUCCCCUGACCACCCCGCUGGGACAGAGCUGGGCUUCGAGGAUUGUGGGGGUUGUGAGUAGGUUGGGCACCGCGGGGAGCCGCCCUUGGCAGAGCUAGGGCAGAAGAGUGGGUAAGGCGACCUCCCUCCACCCAACUUCCGUGCGCUUCCCCUACUUCUUCCUUUAUUGCUCUCUUGCCCCAGCGUCGUACAAGAGCGGUACCCCCUAAGUGGGCAGGCAUCACAGCGUAAAAGAAAGAGGAUGGAACUGGGUUUGUUGCCCCUAAAUGAUACUUCAGAUGUUUGGAAAGUGCCAGAAUGGCAUAUUCAACCAAGUUUCCCAGCUCGAUAUUAAAUCUGGUAUAAAUUAUCUUAGAAAAGUGCAAUUCUGAAAAGCACCAAACUGUAGGCUAGUCCGGCAUAGCCUUGUUUGGUAGAUAUGCGUGUUUAUAAAAAAUAGACUGAGGGAACCGUAUAGGUAGGUAUAGAGGUCUAGGUGAGACAUGUUGAGGCAAGUCUUUUCCAGCCUCUUUCUUACCUGCCAGUAAGUUUGCCCUAGUUUAAAUGAAGCAGAAGGAUCCUCUUCCUUUAUAUUUCAAUCAGUGACUGAAUUAUAGGUACUGUGUGGUGAUAGAUGUCUCAGAAUAGAUAUGUGAGUGUUCAGAGAGACAAGAUUCUCUUCUUUUGAGCCUGUCUCUUAAUCCUUUAAGGAGAUAAUUGUGGUCAACUGGAAGUAUUGGCUUUGAGGAGGAAGUUGUGAGGCCACUGCACUUUUGCCUCAAUGGGGCUGAAUGGGUUACAAAAUAUCCUCCUGUGCUUGAGACCUACAGACUACGUGUCCUACAAGAACUAAUGAAUGGUUUUUCAUCUUCUGGAGAUACAUUAGAAACAUAAAUAUGGUGCCAAAACAACCCCUUACUCUUCUCUGACUACAGUUUAUUUGGACAUACUUUUGUAUUGAAGAGAGGUAUACAGACUGAGGCUACUUGUUGUGCAGAGGCUGUCGUGUAGGAUCAUGGACCAUCCUAAUAGGGAGAAGGAUGAAAGACAACGAACAACUAAACCCAUGGCACAAAGGAGUGCACACUGUUCCCGACCGUCUGGCUCCUCAACAUCCUCUGGGGUUCUUAUGGUGGGACCCAACUUCAGAGUUGGCAAGAAGAUAGGGUGUGGGAACUUCGGAGAGCUCAGAUUAGGUAAAAAUCUCUACACCAAUGAAUAUGUAGCUAUCAAACUGGAACCAAUAAAAUCACGUGCUCCACAGCUUCAUUUAGAGUACAGGUUUUAUAAACAGCUCGGCAGUGCAGGUGAAGGUCUCCCGCAGGUGUAUUACUUUGGACCAUGUGGGAAAUACAAUGCCAUGGUGCUGGAGCUCCUCGGCCCUAGCUUGGAGGACUUGUUUGACCUCUGUGACCGAACUUUUACUUUAAAGACCGUGUUAAUGAUAGCCAUCCAGUUGCUUUCUCGAAUGGAAUAUGUGCAUUCAAAGAAUCUCAUUUACCGAGAUGUCAAGCCAGAGAACUUCCUGAUUGGCCGACAAGGCAAUAAGAAAGAGCAUGUCAUACACAUUAUAGACUUUGGACUGGCCAAGGAAUACAUUGACCCUGAAACCAAAAAACAUAUACCAUAUAGGGAGCAUAAAAGUUUAACUGGAACUGCAAGAUAUAUGUCUAUUAACACACAUCUUGGCAAAGAGCAAAGCCGGCGGGAUGAUUUGGAAGCCCUAGGCCAUAUGUUCAUGUAUUUCCUUCGAGGCAGCCUACCCUGGCAAGGACUCAAGGCUGAUACGUUAAAAGAGAGAUAUCAAAAAAUUGGUGACACCAAAAGGAAUACUCCUAUUGAAGCUCUCUGUGAAAACUUUCCAGAGGAGAUGGCGACCUACCUGCGGUAUGUCAGGCGAUUAGACUUCUUUGAAAAACCUGACUAUGAGUAUUUACGGACCCUCUUCACAGACCUCUUUGAAAGGAAGGGCUACACCUUUGACUACGCCUACGAUUGGGUUGGGAGGCCUAUUCCUACUCCACUAGGGUCAGUUCAUGUAGAUUCUGGUGCAUCUGCAAUAACUCGGGAAAGCCACACGCACAGGGAUCGCCCAUCACAACAACAACCUCUACGAAACCAGACUGCAUCGUCAGAGCGCCGAGGAGAGUGGGAAAUCCAGCCCAGCCGGCAGACCAAUACCUCGUACCUGACGUCUCACUUGGCUGCAGACCGCCAUGGGGGAUCAGUGCAGGUGGUUAGCUCAACCAAUGGAGAGCUGAAUGUCGAUGACCCCACAGGAGCCCACUCCAAUGCACCAAUCACAGCUCAUGCUGAGGUGGAGGUGGUGGAGGAAGCUAAGUGCUGCUGUUUCUUUAAGAGGAAAAGGAAGAAGACUGCUCAGCGCCACAAGUGACCAGUGCCUCCCAGGAGUCCUCAUGCCCUGGAGACUCUGACUUGAUUGCACCUGCAGUUCCUGCCAUUUCUCAUUGGAAGGGACUCCUCUGUGGGGGAGGGUGGAGAUCCAAACCAAAAAGAAGAAAACAGAUGCCCGCAGAAGGAGCCAGUGUGGGUAGCCAGGGCCCAGUGGGUCAGUGGCUGUCCCCACCUGCCUAAGGCUCUGAGCAGGUCCCAGAGCUGCUGCUUCCUCACUGCUUGCCCUUGGGGCUGCCUGGUUAACUCUCCUUCCUAUUGUUUACAGUGAAGGUGUCAUUCACAAAAACUCAAGGACUACUAUUCUCUUCCCUCCCCUUAGUUUACUCCUGGUUCUUGCCCUACCCUCAAUCCUUUCCAGCAUAAAAGCUAGUGAGUUGAAGGCUUUUUCUGCUGAAGGAGCUCAAGAGGCCGGGGGUGUGGUCAAGAAGGUGGGAGGAAGAUGGCAAGCCUGGACAGGAGAAGAACCUUCUCCACCUACCAGGUGUGUCUGGCAGUAUGGCCCCCUCUUCCUCUGUGCCUGUGCAGCCUCCGUCCCCAGCUGGCCACGGGGUACAGGUUACUCCCUCCCUCCUGUGAAGUUACACUGUAGGACACAAGCUGUGAGAAAUCUGCAGUCUACUGUCCCCAUGUGUUGGCAUUCUUAGCUUUCUUGACAAGCGAACUCUUCUCUAGAUGGUAGGACAAUGCAAAUUGUUCUGAGCAAAGGAAAAAAAAACUGACUUUAAUGCACUUUUAGUUGUUUGUUUGUUUUUUUUAAACAAAAACAUGGCAGAUGCAUAUUGUGUCUGGUUAUAUUGGGAGUUUUACUUUUUUUCUGUUUUGAUGGGGAUGGGGCCAGCCAAGCCAUUCAGAGAGAAUAUUCUGAGUCCAGAGGACAUUCUCAAUGGAAAGAGUUGGGUCUGCAGCACCCGGAAGAGAAGAAGCCAAACUCUGUGUCAUUCUGAGUGAACACUUAGGUUGACAAGGAAACAUACUUGAAUUUUCAUUCAUCUGCUCAGCUGCUGAAGAAUGUCCCUACCAGAGCCUCGUGACUUCAUCAGCCUACAGUUUGGACAACUCAGCUCUCCAGUACGUGGGAUGAGCCAGCCAAGCCAGACUGUGAAUAGGAGUCAGUUCAUCCAGAGAAGGAGAUGCUUAAAAAAAAAAAUCUGAAAUAUCUGUUUCCUCCACUGCCAGGGACUUCCAACUAGGUAGCCAUGUGACUUCCUUAGUGACUUGGGGACAAAAUUAGUGAUGAAAUAGCCACCACCAUAUUGCCACUAGUGGAACAAAAGAGGAAGAAAGUGAACCUGCCUUCCAACUGCCAGAGGAACCUCAGGAUUUGGCAUCAUAGGGCCCGGAAAUAAAAUUGGUGUGUACUCUGUGCCCCAGCUGCUGAGUUACAGCAUUUGGGCUGGCCUGCCUUAUCAGAAACCAAGCACCUGCAGAUCACCGAGCAGGUCUGUAGCAGCAGGCUUGAGACUCUCCAUACAUGGGGCUGUAGUGAACAGGAGGAAAAGAUUGGUUGGUGCUGGAAAAUUCCAGGAGAAAGGAGACUGAAAUGAAAGUCUGAAAUUGCCUUCUCAAUUGGACAUAGACUCCUUCCAAAUAAGAUGGCCAUGCCUCUAGAGCAUGUUCUUCCCAGUAUGUUCUCUGCGUCCCCCCAUGGUGUAGUCACACAGCAUACUACCGUGAAGGGUCUUGGUUCCUCAUUCACUGCUUGAAAAGUCAUUAAGGUAUGGAGUUAAUCUUCUUGUGCUCAAUUUUCAUUUGAGUUCAGUGGCUUAUCCAAACAGUGACCUUUCAUUCCAGAUGUGAUAGAGGAAAAAGGUUUUGUAUCUGGGAGUAGAGAAAGCUAACCAUGGAGGACAGUGGCUGGUGGCUUAGUCUGGUGGGUUUUGGAACACAAAAAUCAUUUCCUCUUCCUUGAGAUGUAGGGCUGUCUUUUUGACUGGAGCAUGUGGGGAUACUUUCUGGUAGUUGGCAUUUCCUGACAAGUCCCUUGAUGUAUCUUACAUGGAGCAGAAAUAGCAUCAGUAGCAUGGAUCAGAGUUACUGGGCUUCACCUGUUCCAUUGGGCCUUGGCUAGGAAAUAGUACUUCCCUGGCUUCAAACCUGCUUAGCUUAUGUGAAGAUUGUAAUCUUUCAUUUCUUUAAAGGAAACUUUCCUGUAUACAAAACAGAAUGGCUGGGAGAUGGUGUCAUAUCCCUUGUCCACAAGGAUUUUGAAUAUUGGGAUUUGCUUCCUUGACAUUUCCUAGUGGUUAAGGCACCAUCACUGCAACUUACAUAGUUUCUCAGUUGGCAUUUGGGCAACUCUAACUUCCUGUAUAAAAAAUUAACUUCCUCACCCCUAUAAUAUAGAAAAAGCUUUGCCUCUCAACGGAGGGCAAAGGGAAAUGGUGCCAAGGCCUGGAGCAUCCUGGCACUCCGUACCCCAUUAAGUGCCUCCCCACUCCUGCUUCCCCAAAAAAAGCAAAGGCAGUGACCAGCUUGGCUGCAGGGCAAGCCCCCUUUGCAGCUGUGUUUGUGACUUUUUAUUUUUUUGGUCUUACAUUUUUUUAAAGGCUAGCUCUUGAGGGGUUGAACCUGAGCAGUUGUGGGGCUCCUUCCUAAUGCACUUUUCUUCUCUGCCCUGCACAAAUCUCUUACUAGAGAUUUGAUUUUCAUAAGAAAGGUAAAGAGCCCCAGGUCCCUCUCGCAGGUUAAUGAUGAUCCUUCCAGGGCCAUUGGCACUCCAGGGUGGUCCCAGACCCCUGAGAGAUUCUUAUAUAAUCUUCCUUAAAAUUUAAAAAAAGGAAAGAAAGAAAAGGAGUACGUAAGGAGUAAUUUGGCCAUCAGUUCCAUCCCCACCAGCAUAUCAGGGCUGCCUCCUCAGCCCUGUCACUGAAGUUGCUCAGCUGUAUGCCUCAGCCAGGUCCUUGGGGUUGGGUGCUCCUUUCACCACCACCCACCCAAGUCCACUUACUCUGUAGUUUUUGAGCUUUCUCCAGUUCAUAACCACGAUGCCUGGGGAUCUUUUUCUUUGGGAUUGAUGCAACUGUUACUGAGUUAGCAUUAAAGUGCUAACAGCAUCUCUUCGUAAAAAACCCUUAAUAUUAUACCAUUAGGAGUUCUCCCAAGCCCUGUGGUCCUUCAGGCAUUGCAUCUUGAGACAAGCAGGCCAGGAAUCCACCAAGGCUUAAAGGUCCCUCCCUUGUGACCAGAGCACGAAUUUUGUGUGUGCAGUCUAAGCACGUGAGGACUGAUCACUUGCUAUGCACAUCUUGGCCUUUCCCAGUGAUCUCACUCCAGACUGCUCUGCAAGAUUGAGCAGAGCGUGCCAGCGGCCAGCGUGCUUUCAUGACUGCCUUAAUUAACAUUCUCCUGCUAUUUUGGGUCUGUCUAGGAGUAAAAAGGGUCUUGGAAGGUAUGAGUCAGGUGACUAGAUUGGCCUCCAGUUAAAGCUCCAUUUUCCUUUGGAAUGCAGGAGCAACAGGAGACAGCAGGAUCCUGAGGUUUCCAGUAGAAGUUCUGAUUGCCUGUUUAUUCUCAGUGAACUCCAAGUACAUAGGAACAGCCCCUGCCAUUAGCCAGAAGAGGUGUCCAUCGCCUCUAAAGUAACUUCCAACUUAGUUCACUGGAAAUGUACACUGGUGGUACAUAUUCAGUGUUGAUUCUCAGUGUUAGUAACCACUUCCAAUGUCAGAAAUAUGCUAUGAUGGUAAUGUUAUGUUGUAGUGGUUACUAAAGAUCAUAGCCUUAACUUUUUUUUAUGCAAAAGCUAUAACCUGUUCCCCCUCCCACUGAGCAAUCAUGGCCUGCAUUUUUCAAAAAUAAGUACUACCAUGGCAGCCAAGAAAGUAUCUCCUUAAAGGAAUUUGAUCUUUCUUCUGAUGCAUCUCUCCCAAGUCCACAUGCCUUCUGUGUUCCAAUUACCUCUUCCAUUUUCAUAUUUAAACCAGUUUUCCAUUCCCAAUGAGUUGCCCUGACAAUGUCGUCUCCAGUGUCAGAGCCACGUUAGGGCUAGAGUUUCUCAGAUCGGGAGCUUGCGGCACCAUACAGCCAACAUUGCCUUUGCCAGGCCACUGCCACCAUCCCCACCAUUGCCCCAAGGUGGGCAGAUGAAUUCCAGAAACUCUUAGGGAGCCAGGAUGACUAGGCACCCCGUCUGGAUUGGCCAUGUGAGCAAUAGGCACUUGUCUCUGGGGUUCUUCCUUUUACUGACUCCAGGGCUCCAGGAAAGUCCCAUCUAGAGGUUGAUGGCCAGUGACUCCCAGUCUUCUCCAUGAUAGGUUGGUAGGAAAUAAAAUGGGAUUCUUGUGGGUUUUUUUUUGGGGGGGGGGGAAUUGUUUCUGAAUAAGAAGAAAAGGAAACCAUGGCCAUUCUGAGGGUUUGCAGAGUUUUGAGCAGUGUUUUAGUCACAAAUAAGGAAUAUUGGAAGUCUUGGAUCAGUUAAGCAGUCUUAAAAACAUGUUUUUCCUAACUCCUUUUGCAAGUGACCAAGCACAAAAGAUUAGGUUUCUCCAUUGUAUUCAAAAUAGUAAGUAGGUUCCCUGGAUAUAGACAGUAGUAGUGGACAUAUAUCCUCAAAAAGCAACCAGGAAGUCCACUCCAGUAUUUGUUUGUAGGUCAGCUUACAAAGGAAAAAGUGAAUGUGUACUCCGUAUAUUUCUAGUUUGAUUACCAAACUUGAUGUUAUAAAGAAACCUCAGUUCUGUGGACAGAAUUUCUUUUGUUAUUUUUCUUCUUUUACUCCUCACAAUCAUCUUUCCAGUGCCAUCAACACCUUCAAAGUCUCAGAGCGGAGGGUUAUCCGUGGUAAUAAAUGGGGGUGCAGUGCAGCCAUCCCAGUAACACAAGAGAACAGCUGUCCUGACUGCCCCUUACCCACAAAUCCCUUCUUUCAGGGCAGGUGAGGCUUUUUCAGUGUUCCUCUUCAUGAGCUCCAGACCAAAUCCCAGGUCAGCCCUUGUACCAAAAGCUUUCUUAAGAGGCUUGAGGCUUAUCAAUCUGUCAGGAAUGUCUCAGGAAAGAUGAGCCAUUUCUUUGGGGGGAAAUAUAUUUACAGAUGGGUGUGUGUGGUUGCAUUUAUAUGCCUGUGUGUGUGUGUGCUCAUCUGUGUGCAUUUCACUUCCAUAAAGACAGCCCAGGCUGCUGGGACCAUGUGUUCCUGAAUAUUCUUGGAAGUAAACAAGUAACAAGUGAGCUUCUCAAAUUAGUGUUACAGGAAGCUGGCUCUGGGAAUGAGCCCCGUUUAUCAAGCAGAAGAGUAAACAGCAGAAAAGAUAGAGAUAAAACCAAAAAUAUUAUAACCCCCAAUGGAAAAUAAUGUUGAUUCAUCAAUUCCCAUUGGAUAUAGUACAUGCUCUAAUUUAUUAUUAUUUUGUCUGUUUCUUUAAUCUUUGCCCAUUGUACUUUUUAAAAGAUGUUGGGAUGUUGAUUGCAAUUUUUAAAGACUAGAUAAUGUAUAAAUCAGCUGUGGAAAUCAAUUUUAAUUGAUGUGUGGAUGUGUCUGAUUAUUGUUAAAUGCCUUUUUUCCUUUUGUUUUUUUUUUAAACUUUUGUUUUACAUAUGUAAUGUUGUUUCAUAAACCCUGGCACUGGUCGUAAAGCUCAGCUGUGAAAAUGAAACUUGUAUUUUUAAACAUGAAUGUCAAUUUCAAAUGUAUUUGAAAUGAUUCCUCCAGGAGACAGAUUUGUACACCAUUAAGAAAAACUCUUCUGCAGAGGAAGUAGCCUUCUUUGGAGAAAACGGAAAAUGGGUCUUGAUACGUUAUCUCAGAGUAGCCCAUUUCCUAGGGCACCAUGGAAAACACAAAUGUGAUCUUUAGGUAUACCUCUUCCCCAAUUUGGGGAGGGAAGAACUCAGUUUGCACCCUUUUUGUAUGUAAAAUAAAAUGUCUUACCUUUCUUGGCUAA